AUCAUCACAUUAUCUUAUUGAUUAUGAACGUUUUGAAUUUCCGAUUUGAAUUUCCGCUUUUCAAUCAUUUCGGUUGAGCAGUUAAACUUUUUUUAAUUUUGUAAACAUUCAACUGUGAGUUUAUUUUUAAAUCAAACAUUUGCUUUAGAAUUGCUUGACGAUUUAUCGAUUUAUAUAAUUUGAACCGAUGACAUGGCUCUUAAAAUGAAAAAAUUCGAAAAAAUGAUUCGCGGGGAUCAAGUUCCUGAACAGAAAUCGUACGAGAAAGAAGAAACCACUGAGAAGAUCAGAUUUAAUGAAUUAGAAUUUCUUAAACAACGCAUAUUUGUAAACUCGCUAAGUCACAUUAAGGAUGAUGAAUUGAGAAAAAAAUGCUCAGAUAUAACUACUCAUUAUAGACUUUUUAAGGAUGAAGAAUCACAUUACAAAGUAAAAGAGUUAUCAGACGAUGAUAAAAUUAAAUUGGAUAAAUGCAUUGAGGAGUGCAUACACAAUGAGUGUGCUCUGAUUACCAAUGAAAAAGAAUCUAUCCCUGCAGAUUUGUUAAAGUUAAUUGAAUCUGAACCAGUUAUGCCAGAUACUAUAAAAAAUAAAUUAAAUAAUAUGUUGACUCUUUUGAAUAAGUAUACAAAUAAUCAAAAAGAUAUACAACAUUCAAUGCUUACAUUAUUAGAUAGUAGCAAUGUCAAUAUUUUAGAAGCCCAACAAUUAUCAAAAAAAGUAGAUGCUAUUAAAGUAAAUUCAAAUAAGUUGCAGAGCGAUAUCAUCAGUAAAUUUUCCUGUUCCAAAGAAUUAUUUGAGUCAUUGGAAAAAUACUUCAGUACUAAAGAAAAAGAAUAUGAAACAGAUUUGUCAAAGUUCGAGGAAUUACAGAAACUACAAGAUAAAUAUAAGCUUGUAGAUGGUCCACAAUAUAAAGAUUUAGUUAAAAGAUUUAAACAAGCCCAGGAAAUCAUUAAAAUUAAAACAGAAAUGUUGAAUAGUUAUUAAAAAAAUUGUAUUGUAUAUAUUUACUGUAUAAAACAAAAAUUGAUCGUGAACACCUACGAUAAACAUUUUAGAGCUAUGAAUCAUAAAUAUGAUUUUCACUUAAUAAAUUUAUGCCUAUUAUAAUAUGACGUAUAAGUUAGUUUGAAAGUAAUAAUGUUGUCCAGUUUUUAUUUUUAACUAGCUGAGCAUAUUAUCCUUUACAGGUUAAAUGUAAUAUUAAACUAUUUAUUCAAGUGUUUUGCGUGUAUAAAUUAUACUCAGUUCUAGUGGUGCAAAAUAUAUGAUGUUAGAGUACUGAUCAAUGAUCAUCCCUUUUUUGCAUCAAUAAUUAGGAUGUAGUUAAUACACCAGUCUUCUAAACUCUGAGGUUUUAGUACAUAUUAUAUUUAUUUAUUACACAUUUUGAUUUGUAUCACACUAGUAAUUGGUACAUGAGUAUAGUGUAGGUAUCUUUGUAUCAAUAUAAUAAUUAAAUAUAAUAAAUCUAAUGUAAAUUAAAUCCAUGACUCUCCAUGAAAUGUAACAUUAGUCGCCUGUAUGAAAACAUCAAUAGCCCACGAUAUGCCACAAAUUAUAUUCUCAUAAAUCAUAAUACCAGCUAUUCGUUACUCAUUAGUCAUUAGUUA